UGCGAAUAUGGCAAUGAGAUAACCAGAGGCGUUUCACUUCACCACUCCGUUUUAUCCUACAAGCUUGACCUGAGUCAUCUCCAUGAUUCCCCUGAAAGCUUCUCAAAUUUCCGCUUCGUUCUCCAUUUCCAGAGCUAACCCACUUCGCAUUUCUCUUCUACGACCUCACUUCCUCGCGCUUCUUCCUCUUCCUUCUACAUCCCAUCGCCUUAAUUGUCCACGUAUUGUAAAACUUUCAUCUUUCUCAAAUUCACCUUCAUUCUCGUCACUCUCCGUUAUUGUACCCCCCUCGCAUCUUCUUAGGGUUUCGGAAAUUAGAACCCCAAUUCGCAGCGGUGGAGAAGAAAACGAUGGAACUUCCACUGAACUGCAGGACUUAUCGCCAAACGGUCCUAUAUAUAGGGAAACACUGCAAUUGGUUGAGUGCUCCAUGUUUGCAGCGCUUACUGGUCUGGUCUACUUCUUGAGCAACUCUCUCGCCAUCGAGAAUUACUUUAGCUGUUUCUUCUCGUUGCCAAUAGUAAUCUCCUCAAUGAGAUGGGGUGUUGAUGCUGGAAGAAAAACUCUGGUGGCAACAACUAUGCUUUUGUUGGUCUUGUCUGGUCCAGUUAAAGCUUUAACCUUUUUGCUUAGGCAUGGCAUAGUUGGUUUCACGAUGGGUACUUUAUGGAGGUCAGGAGCAAGCUGGAACCUCUCAAUCUUCUUGUGCACAAUAGUAAGAUCGCUGGGUGCUGUGGGCUUUGUCUUGAUUUCAUCAUUCUUGAUAAGAGAAAACAUUCUAGCUUUGAUUACCAUUAACAUUCAUGCUUCUCUAACUUUCGUGCUCACUGCUUCGGGUGUUAAUACGAUUCCUUCAAUGGACGUGAUUUAUGCCCUUUUUUCCAUUCUGGUUUUGCUCAAUAGUGGGUGUUUCAUGUUCUUGCUCCACAUGCUGUACUCUGUAUUCCUUGCCAGACUUGGGAUGAAGUCUUCGCUGAGGUUGCCAAGUUGGCUGGAGAGGGCUAUAUGAUGCCUUAUCUUUGGCCCUAGGGUUGUUCCCAAACUUGUAAUCGGAAUGUCUCUCAUUUCUCUCCUUAUUUUUUUGGGUUUUGAGAAUUGAGUUGGCAUAGUUUCGAGGUUAUGUUAUGUUGUCAGUUGUUACAAUGACACAAAUUAAACAGCAAACUAUAUAGCUAUAAGAUUAAUCUCAUACACAGAAAAGCAAUGCUUAUUCUUCU